AAUAAUAGUUUAGGUCUUUCUGUUAACACGUUCGUCAUCCACUCUGCGUUGUCGUUACCUAUUCUCCCAUUCCUCCGGCGCAAAUCAGGUGACUGGAAACAUGAAGCGGCCGGAGCCUUCCUCGGAUCUAUCCUUUACCGGAGAGCCCAUCUCAGCUGAAGAAGCUAUGACCAAAUGGCCCUCUCGCUACAGAUCUUCAAAGGCUAGAGUAUCUGCGACAGUGGGAACUCCAAAGGAUGAUGGUGAAGAGAAUCUGGAGCAGGCUAAACGUCAUUACAGCCAAGCUCUUGUGGAUGGAACUCUUUUCAAUCUUGGUGACGAUGUCUACGUUAAAGCUGAGGAUGGGAACCCGAAUUAUAUUGCAAAGAUUGUGGAGUUUUUUGAAGCGAUUGACGGUGAGCCGUACUUUAAAGCUCGAUGGUUCUACAGACCUGAAGAUACGGUUAUCAAAACCCUUGCAAAUGAGGUGCAAGAGAAGAGGGUGUUUCUUUCCAACGUUGAGGAUGAUAACCCCCUCAAUUGCAUUGUCUCCCGCGUUGAUAUUGUCAAAGUUCCAGCCAAGAUUGUUUCCGGAGCCGAGGAGAGAGUUAUACCGCCUUGUGAUUUUUAUUACGAUAUGAAAUAUGAGCUAGCUCACCUGACCUUUUCAACUGCUGCUGAUGAUGGUGAUGCAUCAUCAACAAUUUCAAGUGAAUCUGAUUCCAAUUGCAUUCAGAUUCCCCAGCAGAAGGAAAAAUUCUUGCUUGAUCUAUACAGUGGAUGUGGAGCAAUGUCAACUGGGUUGUGUAUGGGGGCUUCCCUCUCAGGCAUAAAACUGAUUAAGAAAUGGGCAGUAGAUAUCAACAGCUUCGCUUGUGAUAGUUUGAGACUGAAUCAUCCUGAAACUGAGGUGAGAAACGAAGCUGCAGAAGACUUUCUAAAAUUGCUCAUAGAAUGGAGAAAGUUAUGCCACAAGUUUGGACUUAUUUCAAGUACGGAGGUACUAGAAUCAGAUGGUGAUUCAGAAGAUGAAGAAGAAGAUGGCGAUGAAAAUGAUGAUGCGGAUGGAGAUAGUAGUGGAUCUGAAAUUCCACCUGAAGAGUUCGAGGUGGACAAGUUCCUUGAUAUUUGUUUUGGAAAUCCUAAUGGACUUAAGGCAGAAUCUGCACUUCAUCUUAAGGUGCGUUGGAAAGGUUAUGGUCCUGAUGAAGAUACUUGGGAGCCUUAUGAUGGGUUAAGAAAAUGCAAAGACAAGUUAAAGGAGUUUGUGACAACCGGGUUCAACACUAACCGAUUUCCCCUUCCUGGUGACGUUCAUUUUGUGUGUGGAGGUCCUCCAUGUCAAGGAAUUAGCGGCUUUAACCGUUUCAGAAAUAACAAAGCACCACUUGAAGAUGAAAAGAAUCAGCAGUUGUUGGUGUAUAUGAACAUUAUCGACUAUGUGAAGCCAAAUUAUGUGCUCAUGGAAAAUGUCGUCGAUCUCUUAAAGUUUUCAAAGGGGUUUUGUGCCCGUUACGCUGUUGCUCGUCUAGUUGCGAUGAACUAUCAGACAAGAUUAGGUAUGAUGACAGCGGGUUCUUACGGUGUUCCUCAGGUCAGAAAUAGAGUAUUCCUAUGGGGGGCACAACCAACAGAGAAACUUCCACCUUACCCUUUGCCUACUCACGAGACUCUCGCCAAAGGCUUAACCCCUACAGAGUUUGAGGAAAUACAAGUUGGAUAUAGCCAAGGGAAUCUUCUUCAGUUAGAAAAGGCUCUUACUCUUGCAGAUGCGAUAAGCGAUCUCCCACCAGCGACAAAUUAUGAGAAAAACGAUGAAAGGAAAUAUGAUACAAAACCUCAAUCAAACUUUCAGAAGUUCAUACGUCUUUCAAGAGCUGAGUCAAUACUACCCCUGGAUGGUGGAGAUGCUUCAAAGUCAAGAUUGCUGUAUGAUCACCAGCCACUUGAACUAAAUGACGACGACCUUGAACGGGUUUGCCAAAUUGUAAAGAAGAAGGGUGCCAACUUCAGAGAUUUGCCUGGUGUUAUAGUUGAUGAAGACAACAAAGUGAAAUUUGACCCUUCUGUAGAACGACCAAAACUGAAAUCUGGAAAAUUUCUGGUUCCUGAUUAUGCAGUGUCAUUUGUCAAUGGAAAAUCGAAAAAGCCAUUUGGUCGUCUGUGGUGGGACGAGAUUGUUCAUACAGUUGUGACAAGAGCAGAACCUCACAACCAGAUUGUAAUCCAUCCGUUGCAAGAUCGUGUAUUAACAGUCCGUGAGAACGCCAGAAUACAAGGGUUUCCUGAUUUUUAUAAGCUAUGUGGCCCAAUAAAGGAGAAAUACAUCCAGGUUGGGAAUGCGGUGGCUGUCCCUGUAGGGGUUGCGUUAGGAUAUGCUUUCGGGUUGGCAAGUCAAGGGCUUACCGAUAAUCAGCCUGUAAUAAAACUCCCCUUCUUGUAUCCUCAAUGCAUGCAAGGAAAAACUGAAGAGCACUCUGCUUGAGAAGGUUUAAAAGAAAAGUCUGUCUUCUCAUGUCUCACCGAAAGGAAUUCAAGAUUCAAAGGAAGAAGAUGAAUGUCUUGAUUGGUUAAGAGUAUUUUUAUUAGUUUACACUGAAACGUUGUUGUGUGUACUAAAUGAGUAAUGACCAUGUGGGUCUUAUUGAACCAAACAAAAAUUGUGGUUACUAGCAGAUUCUAUGUCAGAACAGUUUGUGACGGU